UGCAGAGAAAGAGGAGGGAGCAGACUGCGGGAGGGGAUACCCACGUGGCUCCGCCCCUGCUCGACUAACUCCGCUCUCGUUGCUUCCGGCCUGAUUCGGCGCUCGACGCCUCAGCCUGCCGUGAGUGACGCUCGGAUCCGGAAGUGGAGCGAAUUUUGGCCCCAGCGGUUGCCGCGGCUGCGUCGUCGUCGUUAUCAUGUCCACGGCUAUGAACUUCGGGAGUAAAAGCUUCAAGCCGAAGCCGCCGGACAAGGGCUCCUUCCCUCUGGAUCAUUUUGGUGAAUGUAAAGCUUUCAAAGAAAAAUACAUGAAGUGUCUGCGGGAGAAUAGCUUCGAGAACACCUUGUGCAGGCAGGAAUCAAAGGAAUACUUAGAAUGCAGAAUGGAGAGGCAACUGAUGGCUAAAGAACCACUGGAAAGACUGGGAUUUAAAGACCUCAUAGAAGAGAAAUUGGAAGCAAAGCACGAGAAGCUGUAAUGAAGAAGAAGAAAUACCGAUCUUCUCGUAGGUCAUAAAAUAUAGUGCUGUAGUAUAUAUUGUCUUUAAAAACAGAUUAGAAUGCGAAUACUUUUCAAGAGAAAUUAGGGACACUCGGGUGAGUUGCCCUUGAAAAUCCAAGUUUGUGCUCCAGGUUCGUUUCACAAGAAGUAUACAUAGCUAUCUUGCUGCAGAGAUUGUGACUGACCCAGAGCCUCCUGCUUCGCGCUGGCUAGAGCGGAUCUCCUUACACUUGCCACGCACUGAGGGUUGGGUUGCCUGUUGCAGUUGGUUGUGUGGGAUAGCUUAGGGGUAGCUGUUGAACAUUUUCAGCUCUUAUGGAUUGCAGUGGUCCCAUCCUGAAAUGACUCCAAGGAUCUUAUGUGUACUUUAUUUAGGAAGACGUUCUGCUGCAAUCCUUCAGUAGCACAUACCCUCAAGCAAUGGUGCCCAAGAUCAACUUGUUCAGAAAUAGUUUCUAGACCAGCUGCAUUUAUUGGAGAAAUGCUGCCACCUUACUAUUCAGUCCAGCCUAAUCUUUCCUGUCUAAGUAUGAAAAUGAUAUUCUCCUUGGAGGCAAGGAUGUUUGGUUAUUCUGUGUUUCAGCAAAAUAGAAUUUAUCAAUAAAAUGUAUUAUUUAUUUCCAUAA